AUGGCUGCCCCUCUCAAGCGAACGGCAUGGAGCCUAGGUGGGACUCAACUAGCUACAGCAGGGGCGUAUGGCUCUGCGAAUAAGCAACAGGAUUACAUAUUACAGCUUGAUUUAUGGGAUUCGCAGUUUCCAGAUUACGAAUUCGGGUUUAGGGCUUGGGAGCUUGUUUCGUUACAAGUUACUCGCAAAUCUUUAAGCUUGAAGGGGGUGCAUGCACGCAUUCCUGGUCAGUCGAGACACUUGGAGUGUCCAGACAGCCCGAGCCUGAAACCCCAACGCCAGGAAGGGCAGCCACAGAAGGCACAGAUGUAUGAGCAGUUGAAGCAACAGUUCCUAUUGCAUAAUCAUUCAAAAGCGUCAGCAGAUACUCUUGGACUGUUAGCAUUGUGGGAUUUCUGCUGUGCGCACACUCCACCAGGGAAGGACCCCAGAGACGCCCUGAAGCCUUUAGGCCUCACUCUUUGCGGCCCCUUCGACCUUCUGUCAGACCCUCAAGCCUCGUUCUCUCCCUCUCACUCCCGCAGUCUUUAUACUCUACCUGAAUGCAUUCCCGUGAUGCGCAGCAGCAGCAGCAGCAGCAGCAGCAGCAGCGGCAGCAGCAGCACCGAUGAUUCGUCUCCUCUUUUUUCUUUGUUUAGGGAUCGAGAGGAGUCUAGCCCAGAGUGUGUGGUUUGGAAUGAUCCCGGCCUCUCUGGUGUCCAGACACCUUUUGCCGCCAUCGACACCGAUCUCAAGAAUGCGAAACCCUCGAAGGCAAAGGCGGCAGCUGCCACUGCUGCAAAAGAGGAUUUUCCUCAUCUCCCGCUUCUCUUUGCCGCUUGCAUUAGGCACGCAGUAGAUGCCGCACAGGAGGCAUCUAUGGCGGGAGCUUCACGAGGGAGUUCCCAGGGAAAACAAGCCCUUUCGCGCGGAGAGCGAGAGCUUCUGGACUUCCUUCCCAUUCCUAGCGCCAGCAGCACUAACGCCAGCGGAAGUCAAAGGUUGGAGGCGAUAGCUAAGCGAGUUGCUAAGGGUGCAGCUCAGUGGGCAGCAAGACGCAAGAAAGUGUGCAUAGCAAAGGAUCUCUCGGGAUUGGGAGUGGUGGUACCAUACGACAAGAAGGCAGAUUUGGGGUGGCGCGAUCUCGGAUAUUCACUGGAGGGGCUUUCAAAAAAAGUUCGAAAGCUGAAAGAAGACGGGGGGACACGGACCGAACUGGAAGAGCUCCUAACGCUUGCUUCCAUUGCAGUCGAUGAAGGAGAUGCGGGGGCCGCCUUGCAGCUGGGGCGCAAUUUCUGGUGUCUCGACGCGCUAGGGGACAAACAGUGUUUCUUGGCAAACCCUGCAAAGAGGCUCCUGGGCAGCGCAUACACCGCGAUGGGACAACCAGGGUUUGCUGCUAUCGUUGAGUGUCAUGCACCGAUCCGGCUAGAAACUCUGAAACACCAUCUAAGCCCUAAAUAG